AUGAAUGCCAAGACCUGCGAUACCACUCCUGUUGACCCCAACAAUCCUCCGAAGUCCACCGUUCUUGUCCCUGAACAGCCAGAGGAACCUCGCUGCCCUGUAAAUGUCGCUCAAGUUCCUGGUUUCGAGCCUGAGGACGGUAAGCAGGCAUGGGCGUUCUACAACGACGCGGGAGAGUUUACGCAAGACACAUCUAAUGCUCGAACCGGCGAAUGGGAGGCGCUCACCAGUGAAGCUCAGCAGUACUACAUCUACCUUGAACAACAGUUUAAUGCACAUGAUCUUGAAGCCGGCGAGACAUACGAUUACCAUUUCUUCUGGAAACCGAAAACGCUGCCUGACAAUGGGCAAUGCUACAUCUACGGUGGUUACAAUGAUGCUAUUGCAUUUCCUCAUACCGAAGUUGAAUUUGGAGCAACUUCGUCAACUGGGUACACCAUCUACUCAGCUCGCUUCCCCAUGCCAGCCGAUGACCUGCUUCUCCAAAUCGUCUUCUACUGCAAUUACAACAGCGGCAAUCAGCAAUUGGGAUCUGUCUAUAUAGACGACACUGCACUGAUUAAAGUUGGUGGCUGCGAAGCAUAUCCUGUGACAGGGGCACUCAUUGAAAACCCCAGUUUCGAGAUCCGAGCGACUGGGGAUAGUUCCUAUGCUUGGUUCGGCACCAAUGGCAUGACUAUCAAGGCUGGAAGCACAUCCAACGGCUUUUCACCUAACAGCGGUAACAACUACCUAUACGUUCAACUUGAGUCCAUAGGGGAACCGGCCACACUGACCAAACCGCUGGCAAAGUCGUUGAAUGCAGGUCAAUCAUACACUCUUCAGUUUAACUGGGCGGCUGGGUCAUCGUAUACACCCGGUGAUUGCUCCUUCACAAUCGCCUUUGGUUCGGCCACUGAAGUCCUCAGACUAGACGACCCGGUCAUUGCGUAUCAGUAUCAACGUAUCGAGUCCAGUUUCACGGCGGCUGAACAGGUCAAGUCGAUGUCUCUCACUGUCUCCUGCUCAGCCUAUGUCGUGGGCUUUGCCCUUGAUGACUUUCUCCUACAGUAA